AUGCUCUUCCAACUACGACGGGCAUUCCCCUUACCAGUCCUGGUCCUUAUUUUGCUCGUCGUUGCUUCAGCAAAGGCUGCACCUGCACCCACGAGUCGGGCCAGUAAUCCGCUCCAACUAUCACCCACCCCGCAACAGUUGUCUUUUCAAGGCCCGGCAAUUACUCUUUCACAGCGAGACGUGACCAUCGUUAUUGGCAAUACAACUGAUCUUGGUGCGCUUGAUGUAAUCAAGACUGUUGUGGCAUCGGUCGGGGGAAAUACCGUUAUUUCACCCACAUCGACAGGCAAGGGUACGCAGAUCGUUAUUGGAACUCAAGCUGAAAAUCAUCUCGCGGUCGAUAUUGCCAAGGUCUUUACCGGAAAAUCUGCAGAUGGUCUGCUUCCCGAUGGUUAUGUCCUUGCAACCGGCACCUAUCACGGCCAGCCUAGUGUCGUGCUCAAUGGCGUCGACCAGCGUGGCACUUACUACGCGGCACAGACACUUCGUCAGCUCGUUCGAGACCACGAGAUUCCCGGAGUUCACGUCCGCGACUGGCCGCUCAUGUCGAUUGGUGGCUCGAUCGAGGGCUUCUACGGUGAGCCCUGGUCCCACCAGGCUCGUCUUGAUCAGCUUGUGUUCUAUGGCAAGCACAAAAUGAACACGUACAUUUAUACUCCCAAGGAUGACCCCUUGCUCCGUGCCAAAUGGCGCUCUCUCUAUACCGGCGAUGCCUUGUCCCAGCUCCAGGAGCUUGUCGAAACGGCGAAUGCCAACCACGUCGAUUUUACCUUUGCUCUUUCUCCAGGCUUGGAUUUAUGCUACUCUUCCGACGCCGACUUCAAGACAACUAUUGAGAAAUUUGACCAAGUUCGUAAGCUCGGCGUGAGAAGUUUUUAUAUUGCCUUUGACGACAUACCUACCGUCUUCCACUGCGACUCGGAUAAGCAAAAGUGGGUUGAUUCGGGUAACUGGCACUGGCUUGCCGACGCUCAGGCCUACUAUCUGAAUCGAAUUCAGGAAGAAUACCUUGUGCCGAACGGUCUGAACGACCUGGAAAUUGUUCCGACAAACUACGCCGGCAGUGCGCCAGACCCGUACAAGGGGGAGCUCGGCACCAUGCUCAACAAGAACAUCAGCAUUCAGUGGACUGGCGAGGGGGUUUUUAGUGAUCAAAUCAACGACACAAGCGUUCAGCGAGCGGAUACAACCUAUGUGACUGACAAGCUAUUUUUGUGGGACAAUUUCCCCGUGAAUGAUGGGAAACGAGAUCGCUUGUUUCUCAAUCCACUCACUGGCCGGGCCCCGGGUCUCUACAAAUACCUUCUUGGCUUCACUUCCAAUCCGAUGGAGCAAGCAUACGCCUCGAUGCCGGCACUUGCCAACUACGGUGACUACAUGUGGAAUGGGCCCACGUACAAUGCACAAGACUCCAUGGCCAUGGUUCUCUGGGAACUCUCGGGGGCUGAUAAGAAGGUGCACGACGCUCUGCUCGCCUUUGUUGAUCUCAACCAAGAUUGGCCCUACCGUUCGCCAGAAGUUCACGCGCCUCAGCUGAGCCAAGACGUGGCAGCAUUCUGGGCGGGCCGGACAAAAAAAUCGACCACCACCCCUGGCGGAGACAACGGGCGUGCCACGCUGAGCAGUCGUCUGGCCUUACUGGCGACCCUUCCCGACGUGCUUCCUCGCAUGGCGAUGAAGGGAUUUGCGGACGAUGUAGCACCGUGGACGACGGUUGCGAUGCAGUGGGCCAAAGCUUGCCAACACUUGAUUUCUAUGCUCGAUGCACUGGAUCGAGGGGAUCAAGCCCAGGCCACUACCGAGUUUCAUGCUGCAGAAGCAUGGAUGAUGAAAACCAAGGCUGCAACAGUCAAUGAUCGGAAUGACCAGGGCGAGGAGCUUCCCAAGUCAAUCAUUCCAAUCACGGGGGAUGGUGUCUUUGAUCAGUUCUGGGCCAACGCAACUGCCGUCUACAAGGGUCAGUAG